AUGGAGACUCGACGAAGCCUCAGCUCACCGGUGUCAGAGGAGUCUGGCAUUUGGUCUUCCAAGACACGACUUUCUACAUCUGAAUCGAAUGAGCCCAGAGCUCUAUCACCUUUCGAUGGACUUCUGCGGCGCUGUGAGAGCGAGCAGAACGUACUCUUCGAAGUUGUUGAAGCACGAAUCGUGUGUGAUGAGAAAACGAAAAGAUAUGUUUUGUAUACGCUCGCUGUCAAGAGGCCGGAGCACUUAGGUCGAAAUAAUUCUGAAGUUGGGGAGAUCGAACGAAGAUAUUCCGAUUUUCUCGCCCUGUACAGUACGUUGAGGCACGAGUUCCCCCAGCUUAUCGCCAGUAUACCGUUCCCAAGAAAAGCCCUGAUGGGGAAUUUCACCACCGAAGUGAUAGAAGCCCGUUGCCACGGAUUUGCGAACUUUCUGUCGGAUGCGUACGUCAACAGAGAAGUUCGAUUUUCCGCAGUCUUCAGCGCGUUCUUGUUCUCGAAAGACGCGAGACACGGACACGAGCUCAUGACGCAGGGCCAGUUCCAGGACGCCUCGUGCAUUCUCCUGAAUGCCUAUCGGAUCGCAGAGAAACUCUACAGUCUCGAAGACCCAGUCGCGUUCAUAACUGUGUGCCUAGUCAUUGCGUGUUUGAAUGCGUGUGACAACGUGAAACAAGCUCAGAAAUAUGCCGAGACGGCCGUGGCUGUGCGAUACCAUCGGGACCGAGCUGACAUCGCUGUGCCUUUGCUCAUUCUCUCCCAGCGUCUUUACGCCCUCGAGGGCAAGGAGCGGAGUGCAAUCGACAAAGAGCUGCGCAUCUUCGAGGACGAGCGGAUUCCGAUCGUUAAUCUGCCCACAUUGCUAGCCAUUGUGCUCCGAAUCGACAUUGGCGUCUACUACCCGUUCCCGAGUCCAACAGCAAACAACUCUACCCCUUAA